AUGCUCAAGGGCGAGACUCUGGAUGAACAUUUCUACAAACUCGGCAUGGAUUCGUCCGAGCCCUACUUGACAAACGCGAAAUCAUAUGCAGCUCUCAACUGUCCAUCCAAACCACGCAAAUGGGUGAAACGUAGUGGGUGGACAAAAUACCAUACCGACGGCACCACUGAGCCCGUUGAUGCCCCCAAUGAAUCAAUGCUUACAUUUGACACCGAGGUCAUGUAUAAGGAUAACUCAUUCGCAGUCAUGGCUUGCGCAGUGAGUCCGACAGCAUGGUAUGCAUGGCUUUCACCAUGGCUGCUCGGUGAGUCGAACAAUAAAACCCAGCUUAUACCCUUGGGCGAUCCUACCAAACCUCGCAUCGUGGUUGGCCACAACAUUGGUUACGACCGAGCCCGUGUCCUUGAGGAAUACAACAUGCAACAGUCCCAAAAUUUCUUCCUUGACACUAUGUCCCUUCACGUUGCGGUCAAUGGCAUGUGUUCACAGCAGAGACCGACUUGGAUGCGACAUAAAAAGAACCAGGACUUGAGGGAUAAAAUUGCAAAUGAGCACGAUUCUGUGGAGCUUGCGGCGCUUCUCGAAAAUAACAUGCUGAGGGAAGAAGAAGAAGAGCUUUGGGUGGGACGAAGCUCGGUCAAUUCAUUGCGAGACGUGGCCAAGUUUCAUUGUGAUGUCACCAUUGACAAGGCGCAGAGAGAUCUUUUUGGUGAACUUGAUCGUGACUCUAUCGUGGGCAGACUGGAGGAACUUCUCGACUACUGUGCGGCGGAUGUUGCCAUCACCCACCGUGUUUAUCGGAAGGUCUUCCCCAACUUCCUCGAGACUUGUCCACAUCCCGUCAGUUUCGGCGCUCUUCGACACUUGUCCUCUGUCAUUUUGCCAGUCAAUCAGACCUGGGGAGAGUAUCUCGCUAGCGCAGAAGAAAUAUAUCACCAGCGACUUGACGAGGUACAAAGUAAAUUGCUUGAAUUAUGCGACGAGGCAUUGAAAUGCAAAGAGCAACCGGAGUUCUACACAAUUGAUCCUUGGCUACGACAGCUGGACUGGUCAGGCCAGGAGAUCAAAAUGGUGAAAGGAAAGAAAAAGGGGGACCCUCCCCGGCCGGCAGCCAGACAGAAGAAACCAGGAAUGCCCAAGUGGUACAAGGAUCUUUUUGUCUCCAAUGCCGCAGAUAUCAAUUUGACAGUACGAACUCGCAUUGCACCUAUCUUGCUCAAACUGUCAUGGGACAAUCACCCCCUUGUAUGGUCGGAUUUGCACGGAUGGACGUUCCGCGUUCCGCGUGAUCAGCUUCAACAGUAUGAGAAUCAGCCAGUCGUUAUGUGUGAUAUGGCCGAGGAAAAGAAUCUCGAGUUACGAGAGGACAACAAAGCCACAUACUUCAAAAUUCCCCACAAAGACGGCCCACAGGCUAGGUGUACCAAUCCGCUUGGCAAAGGAUAUAUGCAGUAUUUUGAGCGCGGGAUCCUUUCAUCCCAGUACGAACUUGCCAAAAAAGCGCUGGAUCUGAACGCCUCAUGCUCAUAUUGGAUCAGCGCCCGAGAUCGCAUCAAAAGCCAAAUCGUGGUCUAUGAAGAUCAAGUGCAGAAGAGCGGACAGAAAAGCGAAACGAGCGACAACCGUGUCGGUUUCAUUUUACCCCAAAUUAUCCCUAUGGGAACCAUCACUCGACGUGCUGUGGAAAAUACCUGGCUGACUGCAAGUAACGCCAAAGCCAACCGAGUGGGGUCAGAGCUGAAGGCCAUGAUCAAAGCACCACCAGGUUACUCGUUUGUCGGAGCCGAUGUUGACUCCCAAGAGUUAUGGAUUGCAAGUCUUGUCGGAGAUGCCCCAUUCCAAAUCCACGGGGGAAAUGCCAUUGGUUUCAUGUGUUUAGAAGGAUCUAAAGCUGAAGGAACAGAUCUCCACUCACGAAGUGCCUCAAUCCUGGGUAUCUCGCGUAACGAUGCUAAGGUCUUCAACUACGGCCGAAUCUACGGGGCUGGCGUCAAGUUUGCCGCUACCUUGCUUCGCCAGUUCAACCCUUCUUUGACCGAAAAGCAGACACAGGAGACCGCGCAAAAUCUAUACAAAGAGACCAAAGGAACGCGCACUUCACGGCGCCACUUGAGUGAGACACCUUUCUGGCGAGGUGGUACCGAAUCUUUUGUAUUCAAUAAACUGGAAGAGUUUGCGGAUCAGGAACGGCCCCGAACGCCGGUCUUGGGUGCUGGAAUCACUGAGGCGCUCAUGCGACGUUUCAUCAACAAAGGCAGUUUCAUGACAUCUCGAAUCAAUUGGGCCAUUCAGUCAUCGGGCGUUGAUUAUCUUCACCUUUUGAUUGUUGGCAUGGACUAUCUCAUCCGACAAUUCAAUAUCCAAGCUCGCUUGGCCAUCACUGUUCACGAUGAAAUCCGUUAUCUUGUCAAAAAUGAGGAUAGGUACCGCGCCGCGAUGGCAUUGCAGGUUGCCAACGUCUGGACCCGUGCCCUCUUUUCGCAGCAAGUAGGCAUUGAUGACCUCCCCCAGUCUUGUGCCUAUUUCUCAGCUGUCGAUAUCGACCAUGUACUUCGCAAAGAAGUCGACAUGGACUGUGUCACUCCUUCGCAUCCCCACAAAAUUCCUCAUGGUGAAACACUGGAUAUUACUCAGCUUCUGGAAAAAGAUCAGGAGGCUUUCUUGGACCCUUCCAUCAUCCCACAGUCUCCUCCAAAUCCCGACCAAUAUCCAUACACCCCCCGCGAGUCCGUCAUGUCCGCCCUUCAAGCCUCUAAUGACAUUGAUUUCAUCAAAGCUCAGAUCACCAAGGAUGACAAAGAGCUUCGUGAUAUCAUCAAGGAGAAGAUCCGUCGGACAGCUACUAGCGACAGCACUUCUCGCGCUCCUACCUCAGCCACCAAAGUUGCUGGCAAAUCCACCGGCUGGUCCUCACCAAAGCCCCAGCGGGCGGUUCUGAUAGAUUUGGAUUCAGUGUUGUAUCCUGAUUUCCACAGCCCCCGGGCUAAUUCCCAUGGGAGCAAGCAGGGCCUGGGACUCCACCGUCCUUCUUGGAAACCACGGCCUACAGCCCGCGCUUAG